CCAUACAAAUGAAAUCGUAGCGUAUGGAGUCUAUGGAUUCACUCCUUUCCGCCAUGUCAUGUAAUUUAAUUCUCGCUCUCUCUCUUGCCAUACCGGGCCGACGCAUGGUCUCAGUGUUACUCUUUGAAAUGUGGAGAGCCCGCUGCAUUUACUAUCAGUCUAGGGUUAUGCUCUCCUCCUCUGCAAAGUUAAGGUUUUCAGGCCCUCGCCUUCCUUCCCCAGCUCCCCUUUGCAAACCGAAAAUCUCAUACCUCACUAGGAGCUUCAUUUAUUCUGCAACUCCUCAUUGCCGAUUGAAUGUCCUUCUCUUGUCUCUCAAGAAUGGAGCUCGAGACUUUCGUUCUCUUUCUUCUGUGUCAUCAAGCUCACACGAGUUGGAAUGGAAAGACCCGAAUUCGAGCUCUGAUGGUCUGGAUGUUUAUCAUGAGCACUUGCUCGAGGUUCAGCAAGAGAAACAGAGCCGUUUCAUUCCUGUCAAGGCCUAUUUUCUCUGUACCAGCAUUGAUCUGAGGAGCUUGCAGACGGAGAAUGCUUUCAAUGUGAUACCCCCAAGUUCAAGAGCGACAAAUUACAUUGUUCUGAGAUACUCUAAUUUCAAUUCUGACCCCACUGGUUUGGAGGCCAGCAUCGAUAAUGGGAGCAGCUACUGCUAUAUGGUAGUUUUCCAUUAUGGUUCCAUUGUCUUAUUCAAUGUUGCUGAUCAUGAAGUUGACGGAUAUCUUGAAAUUGUUAAGAAGCAUGCUUCUGGAAUUCUCCCGGAGAUGAGGAAGGAUGAUUAUGCCGUUGUAGAGAAGCCAACUCUGGAGACAUGGAUGCAAGGAGGGCUUGAUUACAUAAUGCUAAAAAAUCUCAAUAUUGAUGGAAUUCGCACAAUCGGUAGUGUUCUUGGCCAAAGCAUUGCACUUGAUUACUAUGUUCGUCAGGUGGAUGGGAUGGUUGCAGAAUUCACAGAUAUUAAUCGAGGCAUGGAGAAAACAGGAACUUUCACCAUGCAGAGGAAGAAACUUUUUCAACUAGUGGGGAAGGCCAAUACUAAUCUAGCUGAUGUAAUUCUCAAACUGGGACUCUUUGAGAGAUCUGAUAUAGCUUGGAAAAAUGCAAACUACGCUCAGAUAUGGGAGUAUCUACGAGAUGAGUAUGAACUGACACAAAGAUUUGGAAGCCUUGAUUUUAAACUGAAAUUUGUUGAGCACAAUAUUCGCUUUCUACAGGAAAUUCUUCAAAACAGGAAGUCUGAUUUCUUGGAGUGGGUCAUCAUUCUAUUGAUAAGUGUUGAGAUUCUAAUCUCCUUGUACAAUAUUAUCCGGGAGUCAGCCAUAAGUCCCUCAUAACAGUAUUUGAAGAGUAAAUACAGAAGCUCAUCCAAAAGUUUUGCCUCAUGAGUCUUCAUUCUUUUGGAAAUGUAUAUCUCUGUCGGCAUUUUUAAAAUGAUCUAUUGUCGCACUUGAUAUUCCAUAGGAUGUACUGAAUCGGGCAUUGGCCGCUCUUCUCCUGUAUAUAUUCUUGUGUCAUUAUGCAGCUUGUCAUGCUUGUAAUUGAGCAAAUGUAAGAUUGCUGCUUUACUAAUAACAUAGUUGCUGUUUUCUAUUCAAAGAUGUAAACGAGCCUUCUUGACCUUCUCAAUGGAAUACUAUUAAAUGAGGUUUGAGUGA